UGAGGCGGAGCCUCUUGGAUUGGAAUAAUGGAUUCUGGGUGUUUAUUUUCUUUUUGUAUCUGUUGAGGAGUAGUGAGGCCUCCAAGGCAUAGGUCUGGUUUUUGUUUUGCAAUUAAUUAUAAAUCCAAGGCUUUUGAUUUGAGGCUUCAUACUUCAUUUUUUAGGACUUCCAGGCCUACAUCCUUAGUGCUCACUCAAACUGGUGUUGGGCUAUUUUUGAAGUUUUUUUCUAAUUAAAAAAAUAAAUUCAUUUAAAUUUAUUGACCUCGUUCAUUGUUGGAUGCAAUGGUUUUUAAAGUCGUAGUUGUAAAUAUUAUGUAGAAUGUGCAAUUUAAAAAGCAAAAAAAACCUGAAAAAAAGAGAAAUAUGUUUGUUAAGAUUUGUUGAUCUACAAAAUGCUUCGAUACCCAUAUUUUUGUAGAAUCUAUAAAAGUUUUCUUUCAUACGCGUUGGAAUCUGGCAUAUUUAAUUUAGGUAUUGGACCAAAAAAAGUUCAUGUUACAGCAGACAGAUAUUAUGAAUAUGAUGCUCAGGAGAAAACAGAUAAAACUGGAGCUCAGGAGUUACGCAGAUUUCAAGAUGGAGAUUCUGAAGCUGUUACUAAAUUACAUAUACCGGUAAUGGUGGAUGAAGUUGUCCAUUGUUUGGCACCACAAAAAGGGCAGGUUUUUCUAGAUAUGACAUUCGGUUCAGGAGGACACACAAGAGCCAUUCUACAGAAGGAAUCAGAUAUUACUUUGUUUGCCUUAGACAGAGAUCCAACAGCUUAUGCAAUAGCAGAGCAACUUUCAGAAUUGUAUCCUAAACAGAUACGAGCUCUACUAGCCCAGUUCAGCCAGGCAGAAGCCUUGUUGAUGAAAGGUGGGGUGCAACCAGGAACUUUGGAUGGAGUUCUUUUCGACCUUGGGUGUUCCUCCAUGCAACUUGAUACUCCUGAAAGAGGUUUUUCCCUUCGGAAGGACGGCCCCUUGGACAUGAGGAUGGAUGGUGACAGGUACCCUGACAUGCCCACUGCAGCUGAUGUUGUGAACGCUUUAGAUCAACAGGCACUUGCAUCCAUCCUGAGAACAUACGGGGAAGAGAAGCACGCCAAGAAAAUCGCUUCAGCAAUCAUUCAAGCACGCAGCAUCUACCCCAUCAGCAGAACCCAGCAGCUUGCCAGUAUUGUUGCAGGUGCAUUUCCCCCCUCUGCUAUUUAUGCAAGAAAAGACUUGCUACAGAGAUCUACCCAUAUUGCUACCAAGACUUUCCAAGCUUUACGUAUAUUUGUGAACAAUGAACUCAAUGAGCUCUACACAGGACUGAAGACAGCUCAGAAGUUUCUGAGACCUGGUGGUCGUCUUGUAGUCCUCUCCUUCCACUCCCUGGAGGAUCGCAUUGUCAAACGUUUCUUGCUUGGGAUAAGCAUGACUGAAAGGUUUAACCUAAGUGCUAGGCAGAAGGUGAUACAAAAAUCACAACUGGAUUCACAUCAUGAAGACAAGGAAGAGUUCUCUAAGGGAAGGGACCCUUUAAUGUGGGAAUUGAUACAUAAGAAGGUACUUACUCCAAAUGAUCAGGAUGUACAGGAUAAUCCCAGAGGGCGUUCAGCCAAACUUAGAGCAGCUAUCAAAUUAUGAGAAAGAAAGUUUUAGUCAUCUGAUCCUUCAAGUUGACCCUCACAUUUCUCACAGUUUUUUUUUCAUGUAUGUUCCUGAAAACUUAAUAUGAAAGUGUGUGGGACAUACAUAGAUAUGUACUAUAUGUGUUUGGAAAUUUUGUAUUUAGCAUUUUUUUCUCAAAAAGAAAUUUCACAAAGUUCAACUCAAGGUCAACAGGAUGUCAAAACUGGAAAAAUAUGUUUAUCUUAGCAUUAUAUGUGACUUUUGAAGUGCAGUCCUUUUUCUAGCCAGGAAAUUAAAAAAUGUACUAUUUAUAUUUAUCUAAAUAUGUAAAUUCAGACUGUCAAAAAAGAGAGAUUAUAAUCAUAUUUGUGUGUCCUAAAUUCUGAGUUAAGAUAUUCAGACUGGCAACAGAUUUUCUGUUGCUUAGAUAAUUAAUAAUGAUCAUAGAAUGAAUUUUAGUUUUCCUACUUGGGAAUAAAUAAUUUCUACUAUAGUUUUCUUGAGUAUAGGUAUUAUGUAAAUUUUAAAUUUUCAAGUGUCAUUUUAAAAAUUCAUCAUACUGACAAAUUUCAUUGUUUUAAAGGGAUUGUUCAAUAUGAUAGGUGCCAUGUUUCCAUAUAUUACACAUAUAAUAUAUGCAAUAACAUGUAGAAUUCCUCUAACAGUGCUCAUAAAAUAUUUCACAAAACUUUUUAUUUAAGUUGAUUUGUGUUUAAUAAUAGUUCAGAUGCCUUUGAUAAAUAAUAUUAUCUCUUAUGAUUUGAAUCCUACAUUUUUUAAUUGAGGUAUUCAACCUAAAGCAACCAUUUCUGUUUGAAAUAAAAAACUAUAUGCUAUAGAAACUCCGUGGUGGCCUAGGAUUAAGUCUCAGUGCUAUCACCACAAAGUCCCACCAUGGCCACCUGAGUUCGAUCCCAGCCAGGGAGCUUAUCACUUAGGGUGCAGCAGACCUCCCCUGUCUCACCCACUGCUCUCUUCAACACUGUAUUUUAGUAAAUCCACCAGUUCUGCUCCCCACUCUGUCUCUGGUGAAUCCUCUUACCCCUGUACCUCUGGCCUUUCUGUGCAAAAAUAAAUCUAAAAAAAAUCUUUUUAAAAACUAUAUGAUAUAUUCAAGAUAUUAAAAACAUUGUACACCUAAUGUUUUUACAUAAAGAUAAUGACUGUAGUUGUGAAAAGUUAAUCAAGAAAAAUACACUUGGUAGACGGUUCUUUAACAAAUGGGUGAGAUUGAUUCAUAAUUCACAUAUUAACUUUUUAUACAUAAAUAUGCACUUCUAAUUUACUCAGGUGUUUGACAAGUACUGAACUAAGCAUUAGAGAAACAAAGAUAUGUAAAAUAUACAUAGCCCAGUAACUGUUCCAUGGAGUUUAUAUUCUAAUGGAGGAGAGCAACAAUGGUAAAUAUUUACCGAAAUCAAUAUAAAGUAAAUACAGCAGUAAGUUAUAAAAGGUACUCUGAAAACAUCAAACAGGAAUUUUAUGUAGUGAAGAAAACCAGGUGAUAUAUGGUGCUUGGAUUAUGACCCAAGGAUGAAUGAUAGAUAAGUAGUCAAUUUUGCAUGGGCAUGUUAAUUAAAGUUUCAUGAAAAUUACUCUUUUCUUAAAAAGUAGUUAUCCUUGAAAUCAUACUUAAGCUAUAAAUUUACUUACCAAAUGAUUUUUUUUCAAAUACAGGAAAAACUGAUCUUUCCCAUUAUGAUUACAAAUUCUCAAUGGGUGAAUGCAAGUGAAUAAAAUAUCAACAAAAUUAUACAAACACAAAGAUAAGAAAUACUUGGAUUUACCCCAGAUUGACUUCAUUUACUACAGUAAUAUUUAACUUUAGUACCAAACUUGUUUCCCUUUUACUUUACAGUCUUUAUUCAAAUCAGAACGAUUUUGCAAUUUUUUCAUCACAGUUAAAUGGAAAGUGCUCUGGGUUGGGUAUUGGAUAGUAUCUCUCCAAAAUUUAUGUCCUUCCCAGAGCCUCAAAAUGUGACCUUAUUUAGACAAAGGAUCAUGGAGAUUGUAAGUAGUUAACAUGAGGUCGUACUUGAACAAAACAGGCUUUAAUCCAAUAUGCCUUCUGUCCUUAAUGAGAAGUGAAAAAGUGAGACAGAAACUCAGAAUGCAAAGUGGUAUGAAGAUAGAGGUCACAAUUGCAGUGAUACAGCUACAAAUCAGGAACAGUACUAGAUGCUGAGGCAGAAGCAAGGAAUAGAUUCUCCUUCAGGGUCUUUAGCAGGAACCAACUCUGCUGACACCGUGAAUUCAGAUUUCCAGCCUCCAGGACAGUGAAAGAAUAAAUUUCUGCUGUUUUAAACCACCCAACAUGUGAUGAGUCAUUAUGGCAGCCCUGGGAAACUAAUAAAUACUCUGACAGAAAAAAAAAUUUUGAAGAAAAUGCAUGAAAAUCCUUAACCAACACAAAAUUGAUUUCAAAUUGUUUUAGUGUAAAUA